AUGACUCAAGGAGUUGGGAAGCCCUACGUAGACGACAGACAGCCUAGGAAGUUCCCGGAAAUUUUCGCUGUUUCGAGCAUUGCCGACUCUGCAGUACCAAACCGAGAAGCAUCGAAGACUACGCAAGAUGAGGAAGAGUACUAUUCUAGAACUCGCUCUAGAAAGUGUCCUAUAUGGAUUCUGGCCUACUUCUGCAGCUUUGACCGCCCUCAAAAUUCAACCAUCGCUACCCAAGGGCCACUGUAUCGAGAUCUGCGACCAUCGCCAGCGACUCAUACCACUGUUAAUCGUUACAUCAUGAGUCCAACGUCUCUGCCAUUGUCUAAAUUACCCAGCUCCACAUCGCACUCAACCACCUUACUGGACGAACUCGAGCGAUUGGUCUGGCCGAUCGUUGUGCUAUGUCGAGCGGGUCAUCAUCUAAAUGAAAACGUCUUCCCAAUACACCCAGAGUUACAGAACCCCAUCUAUCCAUUCGUUAGUCCAGCAGCCGUGAAAAGGACAAGUACAGAUGGCGAUUUAUCUUCGGCGGUGAUGAUUAGUCUAGUUGCGUCCAGUAAGACAGCUCGCACAUUUGCCUACUUUCCCACCAGAGGUCAAGAUACCGCAGAUAGACUCAAUAGGCCGAAGACCUUCUUCAACAACCUACAUGCGAGAGGGGAGGAGCUGUGUGUCUCGGGUGCCUACAGCAUCGAGGGCGGGUGGGAACAGCGGUGUCGAGGCCAGGUGAGCCACGAGGAGGCUUCGGUGUAUCAGGGUUCAAAACCUUAA